AUGUUGUGUGGUAGUCUCCAGGCAGUUGGUACUAUCAAGCGUGAACAAGAUUAUAAGUGGAGCGGCCCAUCUUCUAACUUACACACACUAAAUAAUUCUAAUAACAAAGAAAUCAUACUUAACGUUAUAUUCAUUAGUUUAACAACAUUGCUUGAACAUAUAAAUAGAUCUGAUUAA